GAAGGGACCCCCAGGUUCAAAACUGGGUGAGGCUUGAGGAGGUGCAGGUGCAGGGAUGCUUGUGUGCAUAAAAUUGGGGGUGGGGUGGCACUGCAUUGGAACCCACUGCUGUUUGAGAGGGGCAGAGGGGUAGGUGCAUGGGUGGGACCCCCAAGGAUGGGAUGGAGUGACUUUGGUUUGCAACCGGGGAGGCGGAGAAGUGUCAGAUGGAUGCAACAACGACUGGAGGGCAUUAUUUUAGGGACUAUCAGACAGAUGUGUGCAUGCAACAGUGAUUGGGGGGCAUUAUUUUACCCCAAGGGGUGUGUGUGCUGUGACUUUGAUGGGAGGGGAGUGUUUGACAGGCGGGUGGUUAGAUCGAUGGGGGAUAUUUGAUCCCAAAGAGGGUUAGGAUGUCUGAUAGGCAUGGAUGGAUGCUAAAAUAAAGGGGGGGGGGGGGGUUAUCCAAAAUGUGGAUGCAGAGUGGCUUUUAUUGGGACCCCAUUCUAGUUGCAAGGGGCAUAUGCAUUACUGGGAACUCUUUUCGGUGGGAGCGGGUCAGAUAAAGGUAGGAAUACAAUGCAAAAAUUGGGGGGAAGGGGUUUCCAAAGGAUGCAGGUGUGUGGAAUGGCUUUUAUUGGAACCCUGAUACCAAAGAGCAUGUGCAUUAAUAGAUGGAGAAGGCGACCCCUUCUCAGUUCCUGAAAGUUGAAUGAACGCAACAGGAUUUCAGAAUGAAUCAGACCUCAACAGAGACUGCAGUAUCAGUUGAGACGUUGGCUGAUGUACCUGAACACGUGCUCAAAGGACUUCCUGAGGAAGUGAAACUUCUUCCCUCUGCUGUUGACAAGACACGGCUUGGUGUCUGGGCAACAAAGCCAAUUUUCAAAGGCAGAAAGUUUGGCCCUUUCGUCGGUGACAAGAAGAAAAGAUCUCAAGUUAAGAGCAAUGUGUACAUGUGGGAGGUCUACUACCCAAACUUGGGGUGGAUGUGUGUUGACGCUACAGAUCCAGUAAAGGGAAAUUGGCUCCGGUAUGUAAACUGGGCACGUUCUGGAAAGGAGCAGAACCUCUUUCCUUUGGAGAUCAACAGAACCAUUUACUACAAAACCUUAAAGCCCGUCGAGCCCGGCGAGGAGCUGCUGGUGUGGUACAAUGGCGAAGACAACCCGGAGAUAGCAGCUGCCAUCGAGGAGGAGCGGGCCAGCAACCGCAGCAAGAGGGGCUCGCCCAAGGCCAAGAAAGGGAAGAAAAAGUCCCAAGAGGCAAAAAACAAAGGAAAGAAAGCAACAGACAAAAACCAGAAGACCGUUUCAGAUAUUACUCCUGCAGAUAUGAGAGACCCUAAAGAAGACCGUAAACAGGAGGAUGCAAGUCCUUCCGUUUCAGCUGUGCUGUCGCUGGAACAGACUGCUGUGAUCCAAGAGAUGGUAGAUCAGGACACACUUCCAAACUUGGUCAUCUCUAGUCCCGCCAAUGAGCCACUUACAAUGACUGAAGAGAAACAAGAAGAAAAAAUGUGCGAAUCAGAAGUUCUAGAGGAGAGGGAAGAGCUCGAGGAAGUGGAGGAGGAGGAGGAGGAAGAUGAUGAUGACGAGGAAGAGGAGGAGGAGGAGGAGGAGGAGGAGGAAGAAGAGGAGCAGCCAGAGGAAGAGGAAGAAGAUGAUGUGAACUUGCCUAAAGAAAUCCCCGAGAUGGAGACCAUGUCUUUGUGUGAAGACAAGCUCGAGUCUGUGGAAGAGCAGAGCAGCAUAUCUGAAGAAUCACCGGAAAGCUCCCCCAAGAAAAAGCCCAUGCCGAAAUUUCUUAAAGAUCAGGAGGAGUCCAAUGGCAGUAUUCAAGGAACGUUUAUGUUCCCGUGUCAACACUGUGAGAGGAAAUUCACAACUAAGCAAGGACUGGAGCGUCACAUGCACAUCCACAUAUCAGCCAUUAGCCAUGCUUUCAAGUGCCGCUAUUGCGGCAAAGCCUUUGGCACUCAGAUCAACCGGCGAAGGCACGAGCGGCGUCACGAGGCCGGCCCGAAAAAGAAGUCGUUGUCAACACUUGCUUCAGCGCCGUUGUCUGAUGGGGGUGCAAAAACCCGAACGAGUGCAGAAGACGACGACAUAAAAGAGGAAGCUAACGCCAAGCAAGACUUGACAUUUUUGGAUAACAGUAAGAUUUCCCAAGAAGCAUCAAACUCGGUUCUUGAAGAAAGCAGGGAACCCAAAGAAUUGCAUCCAUGCAAAUAUUGUAGAAAAGUGUUUGGAACUCACACCAACAUGCGCAGGCAUCAGCGGCGGGUUCACGAGCGUCAUCUGAUACCCAAAGGCGUCCGAAGAAAACCGGAGGAGCCGCAAGUUCCGGCAGAACAAACCCAACCAUCCCAGAAUGUGUACGUAGCCAACACAGACCUCGAGGAGGAGGCCGAGGCUGAUGACGUGUACAUUAUGGAUGUCUCCAAUAACAUAUCUGAAAAUCUCAAUUACUAUAUUGAUGGUAAGAUCCCGUCCAACAGUAGCACUAGCAAUUGUGAAGUGAUCGAGAUGGAAUCGAGCUCAGCAGAGCUCUACGGAAUAAACUGUUUGCUCAGCCCCGUGACGGUGGAGAUCUCCUCCAGCGCGAAGGCCACACAGACACAUCUGACUGAUGUCCAGAAAGAGUCUCCGCUCGGUAGCAACAGUGAGCCUAAAAAGAGGAGGACCACAAGUCCCCCUCUCCUCCCGAAGAUAAAAACGGAAGUCGAUCCAGAGCCGAUAACGUCACUCUGCUCGUUGACCAUUCCCCUUACCAUAUCGACAGCCGACAGUUUGUCUUUCCCCAAAGAGAAAAGUAUUUACUUGUCGUCUAAGCUGAAGCAACUUCUCCAGACUCAGGACAGCAGUAAGGUAGCUCCAUCGCCCCCAUCAUCGUCCUCAUCCUCCACUGAAAUCCCCAAGGGGGGACUUCCGGCCGCAUCUCCACCUCUUCUGCCCACAGCCUCAAGCAGGUUCAAAAGAAGGACCAGCUCCCCUCCCAGUUCUCCGCAGCACAGUCCGUCCCUACGGGAUUACACCAAAGUGGGUGAGGGGAAGUCCCUCUGGAACGACACAGUGUUAGGAUCAAAAAUACCCAAGGUGGAAAGUCAUAGCAGUUCUCCCGCGUGGAGUUUGUCAGGUCGAGAAGAAAAAGAGACCAUGAGCCCUCUUUGUUUAGAAGAAUAUAAAGUGUCGAAGGACUGGACAGCCAGUCCUCCCUUUGGCAACGUGUGCAACCAGCAGCCUUUAGAUUUAUCCAGCAGCGUCAAGCAAAGAUCAGAUUGCAAGAACAAGGCCCAGGUUCCGUGGGAAUCGGUGUUAGAUCUCAGCAUGCAUAAAAAGCCUCCCCUAGAUCCCGAAUCCAAGGACAGCAAGGAAGUCGGUUUGGUACAGCAGGCAUGUAGUGGCAUUAAGAAGAAACCGACCACGUCCAUGUUGCAGAAGGUUCUUCUGAACGAAUACAACGGGACCGAUUCGGCCUCGGAAAAUUCGGCAGCAGAAACUAAUCAAAGCCAGAGUGUGAGUUUAUCUCCCCAAACUCAUCUGGAGCCCCAACUCCACACUGCGGUUCCCGAGCCGACUUCUGAGUCAAGUUCCUGUAGCCUUUCUGCUGAGAGAUCUGUACCUCCAGCAUCUACGGUUUCUUCGUGCCAGCUUCCUCCUCUCCUGACGCCAACCAAUUCUCCCUCCCCACCCCCCUGCCCUCCCAUGUUAAAGGUUCCCACUCCACCCCCUCCUCUCCUUCCUACAGUCCCUUCACCUCUGCCAGAAGAACAUGUUAGCAUCACUCCUAGCUCAUGUCCCUCUCCCCUGUCCAAUGCCACUGCUCAGUCCCCUCUUCCGAUCCUUUCUCCUACCAUGUCGGCAUCGCCAGUUCCCUCCGCAGAGCCUCUCAGCUGUGCUUCACCUGGGCCUCCCAAUCUGUCCUCGUCGUCCUCUUCCUCCUCCUUUUCUUCUUCGUCGUCCUCUCCUUCCUCCUCUUCUUCUUCCUCUUCUUCUCCUUCCCCUCCUCCCCUCUCUGCAAUUUCUUCAGUCCUUUCCCCUGGCGAUAAUGCAGACAACUCUGUCCCCAUCCUGUCUUUUAAACAAGAGGACAUGGAACACGAGCUUCAAAAGCCCAGGGAAGACCUGCACAGCUCCAACGAAGCCAGUCUUGUUCAGGAAACGUUUAACAAAAACUUUGUGUGCAAUGUCUGUGAGUCUCCUUUCCUUUCCAUUAAAGACCUAACCAAACAUCUCUCUGUUCAUGCUGAAGAGUGGCCCUUCAAAUGUGAAUUCUGUGUACAGCUUUUCCGGGAUAAAACGGAAUUGUCCGAACAUCGCUUCUUGCUCCACGGAGUUGGGAACAUUUUUGUUUGCUCCGUCUGCCAGAAAGAGUUUGCCUUUUUAUGCAAUUUGCAGCAGCAUCAACGAGAUCUCCACCCCGACAAAGAGUGCUCCCACCGUGAAUUUGAAAGCGGGACUCUACGGCCGCAAAACUUUACAGAUCCUAGUAAAGCAAACAUUGAACACGUUCAGAUCCUACCUGAUGAAUCUGCUGAACCAACUAAGGAAGAGGAAGAAGAGGAAGACCUCAACGAUUCUUCUGAAGAGCUUUAUACCACCAUCAAAAUAAUGGCUUCAGGGGUCAAGUCUAAAGAUCCCGAUGUCCGCAUGGGGCUCAACCAGCAUUACCCCAGUUUUAAGCCCCCUCCGUUUCAAUAUCACCACCGCAAUCCGAACGGGAUCGGAGCGACCGCCACCAAUUUCACCACUCACAAUAUUCCACAAACUUUCACCACUGCCAUCCGUUGCACCAAGUGCGGGAAAAGUGUCGACAACAUGCCCGAAUUGCAUAAGCAUAUCUUGGCGUGCGCUUCAGCCAGCGACAAGAAGCGGUAUACACCGAAAAAGAAUCCUGUGCCAUUAAAGCAGACAGUGCGCCCGAAAAAUGGGGUCAUUCUUCCGGGUCCUGCGAGCAAUGCUUUCAGGCGCAUGGGGCAGCCCAAGAAACUCAGUUUCAGCGUUGAAAUGAGCAGGAUGUCGUCUAACAAACUCAAGAUCAGUGCACUGAAGAAGAAGAAUCAGCUGGUCCAGAAAGCCAUUUUGCAAAAGAAGAAAUCCCAGCAGAAGGCGGAAUUGAGGAACAGCACAGAGCCGAGCUCUCACAUCUGCCCCUACUGCAACAGAGAGUUCACGUACAUCGGCAGUUUGAACAAGCAUGCCUCCUAUAGCUGUCCCAAAAAAGCCAUUUCCCCAUCCUCUAAAAAGAACACUAAAAAGAAGAGCGCCGCUUCCUCUCCUGGCAGCGACAAAAGUGGAAACCAGCGGCGACGGACGGCGGAUGCCGAGAUCAAAAUGCAAAGCAUGCAGGCUCACUUGGGCAAGACCAGAGCUCGGAGCUCUGGGCCCGCACCCGUUCAGCUGCCCGCGGCACCCUUCAAAUUGAAGCAAAACGUCAAAUUCCUGCCAUCCAUUCGACCCAAAAAGCCGAGUGUGUCCUUGGCGCCGAGGAACAACAGCCCGGUGAGGGUGGCCAAAGCUCCUCCGGCAGAGAGCAAAAAGCCGAAGGGGGUCUCGAAGAACGGUUCCCCCGGACUCUCAAGCAAAGCAUCCCGCAAGCUGCAUGUCCGGAUACAACGGAACAAAGUGGCCCUGGCCAGCAAGUCGUCAGCUGCCAACAAAAAAAAGCCCGAUCGGUUUAAUGCAAAGUCGAGAGAAAGAACUGGAGGACCCGUCACACGGAGCCUCCAGCAGGCAACCGGUGCAGACUCGCCGGAGAGCAAGAAGGAAGAAGCUAGCACAAAGCAGGAGUUAAAAGAUUUCAGGAACCUUCUGUAGCUGCAAAUCAAACCUCUGAAAGGAAGUUUCUAUCCCAGUGAAGAUGGGGGUGCUCGGCCGUCGGCUUCAGCGGGCAAAUUCUGCGGCCACAGCAGCCGCAUCAGACAGGAUUAAAAGACCUAGCCAGAGCUGACCGCUCCAUCCCCGCGAGGCAUGAGACUGCUUGUGCCAGAGAUGUGCUUGGCCAAGCUAAAGGAUUACAUCGCUGCAGGGAGAGAGAGAAAGAGGGUACAUGGGUGUCUCCCCCCACCCCGAUCUUCUUUCUGUUAUGCAAGUGCAGCGAACGAAUCCUGCUGCGGAAUUCAUGGCUCGCGCUGCUACUUCUUUGCUUUUUUUCCUGGUGGAAGGGCGCGGAAAAGAGCGAGGAACGGUAUAACGCAGAAGUAUGCAAAAGAACUGGCUUCUACUCUCCUUGGAAAAGUCCCAGGAUGUUCCGGGAUGACACAUUAACUGCACUAAGAAAAAAAAAAGGUCCGGGUUUUUUUGGUUGUAUAUCGAGUCACUGCAGAGCCUUUGCUUUAAACUGCGAGAAGGUUUGCGCGGAGGAAGCUUUCUCCAAACUCUCCUCCUGCUCAGCGCUGGGGUGGAGUUAGGCAGGGCGUCAGACUGAGAUGCAGCUGUCCCUUCUCCCCAAGGACGAUGGGGCCGGGCAGGCACAGAGAGAUAUUAGUGUAGCCCAAGUAACGCCCUCCGUUUCCAAAACCUCUGAAAGCGGACGCUGUCCACAGCUUGUUUUCUUAAGGACCUAUUCACCACAUAAAACCUGUAUAGCACAACGAGUCCACACAGAUGAAACGAUGGUUGGAUUGGAGGAUGUAUCUGUACCUGAUAACUUAAGAGCUACAAUUUUUUUUCCCCUAGUUUGGUAAGCAAGAUUUACUUUCUGGAAACGGAUAGUUUUCACACACAUUUUUAUUUUUGAGGGAAGUAGACACCAAUUCAGUCCACGAAGAAAAAUGGCUAGUUUUUAUUUGUGCCCCCUCCCCCCCUCACCAUAUUUACUUUAUCAUAUUUUAUUUGUCCUUGACUUAAAAAAAAAAGUAAUCUACCUCUUAAAAUUUGUAGUUUUUAAUAUCGUUUGGUGAAUUCGUGCCACUUUAACACCGACCCCUUUCACUAUCAUUCCCUAGGGGGGUUUUUUCCCGAUUUUUUUUUUUUUGGUUCAUGGGGACUCUUAUGUCAAACAAUUGUAUAAAGCAUUUGUAGCAAGUUUGAAAAAAAUAAUAAAAUAUUUAAAAUUAUUUAAAUUGCUUUGGACACUUCAAUUGUAUUAUAUGUGAUCUUUUUUUUUUACAUUAAUUUGAGGCAAAGGAGGUUGCUUGUUGGGUGGGAAAUGGGAGGGGUGUUAACCUGGAGAUUUGUCCCUGUAUUGAAGUUUUGCUGUUAUCCGUGGUUUGUUGGAGAAUGACCCAAAAGUCUCUUCUACUGAAAACAUUAAAAUUUUCAAUUUUCCCUA